AUGAAGCUCAACAUCUCCUUCCCCGCGAACGGCUCGCAAAAGCUCGUCGAAAUCGAUGAUGAGCGCAAGCUCCGCGUAUUCAUGGACCGCCGCAUGGGCCAGGAGGUUCCAGGUGACAGCGUUGGCGACGAGUUCAAGGGCUACAUCUUCAAGAUCACCGGCGGCAACGACAAGCAGGGUUUCCCAAUGAAGCAGGGUGUCAUGCACCCAACUCGUGUCCGCCUGCUUCUGUCUGAGGGCCACAGCUGCUACCGUCCACGUCGCACUGGUGAGCGCAAGAGGAAGUCUGUUCGUGGCUGCAUUGUCGGCAUGGACCUGUCUGUCCUCGCUCUUGCCAUUGUCAAGCAGGGCGAGCAGGACAUUCCAGGCGUAACGGAUACCGUACACCCCAAGCGUUUGGGUCCAAAGCGCGCGACCAAGAUCCGCCGCUUCUUCGGUCUCAGCAAGGAAGACGACGUCCGCAAGUUCGUCAUCCGCCGUGAGGUUCAGCCAAAGGAGGGCAAGGAGGGCGCGAAGCCAUACACCAAGGCCCCACGCAUCCAGCGUCUGGUCACUCCACAGCGCCUCCAGCACAAGCGCCACCGCAUCGCACUCAAGCGCCGCCGCGCAGAAGCAUCCAAGGAUGCCGCCAACGAGUAUGCCCAGGUCCUCCACAAGCGUGUCAACGAGGAGAAGGCCAAGCAGGCCGAGAUGAGGAAGCGCCGCGCUUCCAGCAUGCGCAAUCAUGGCCAGCUCGCGAAGCAGGUCGCUGAUCGACUCGGUAUUGAGCUAGCCAAGAUUAUGGUCCUGCAGUACUCGAACAAUGAGUCCAGCAUAUCGAUCGGAGAGUCUGUCCGCGACGAAGAUGUCUUCAUAUUACAGUCCACCGAGCCAGGCAACAUCAACGACCACAUCAUGGAGCUCCUCAUCCUCAUCAACGCUUGCCGAACAGCCUCCGCUCGUCGCAUCACCGCCGUACUACCGAACUUCCCCUACGCCAGACAAGACAAGAAGGAUAAGAGUAGGGCUCCUAUUACCGCAAAGUUGAUGGCGAAUAUGCUGCAGACGGCGGGCUGCAGCCACGUCAUCACCAUGGACCUCCACGCAAGUCAGAUCCAAGGCUUCUUCAACGUGCCAGUGGACAACCUCUACGCCGAGCCUUCGACUCUCAGAUGGAUCCGGGAGAACCUUGUAGUCCAAGACUGUGUCAUCGUCUCCCCAGAUGCUGGAGGAGCGAAAAGAGCUACGAGCAUAGCAGACGGUCUGGAUCUAGGCUUUGCCCUCAUCCACAAGGAGCGUGCCAGGCCCAACGAGGUCUCGCGCAUGACUCUGGUCGGAGACGUCAAGGGGAAGAUUGCCAUUAUCGUGGACGACAUGGCAGAUACCUGCGGUACCUUGGUCAAGGCCGCAGAUGUGGUUAUAGAGCACGGUGCGAAGGAGGCCAUUGCGAUAGUGACGCACGGUAUCCUCAGCGGUGACGCUAUCUCCAAGCUGAACAACAGCAAGUUGAGGAAGCUGGUGGUGACGAACACAGUGCCGCAUGAGGAGAAGAAGAAGCUCUGCGAUCGCAUUGAGACGAUUGACAUCAGUCCAACUCUCGCCGAGGCAUGUCGCCGAACGCACAAUGGAGAGAGUGUUAGUUUCCUCUUCAAGCAUGCGCCCCUGGAUUGA